ACAGCUGCACCGGGCAAUCGGACCGAGUGGGAGGCCAGGUGGACGGACAGACAGACGGUGGAGACAGACACGAAGACGAAGAGGAGGGACAGGGAGACAGGCGACCGCAGCAAGGAGCCACAGAUUCCUUGCCCAGGGAGCCCCGGCCCGCGGGGGACCAAAGGGGACAGGCUUGCCGUGUAGCUGCCGAGGCUGAGCAUCCUCCCACCUCUGCGCAGUCCUGCCUCCUCUGCCACUGCCAACUUCCCUGACCCGAGACACGCGGGGUGGCUGGAAGGGCGGAGGACACGCCUGGUCCCCUCACCCACACCUCAUGGCCGCCGUCGAGGCAGGGGCGCGGGCCACGUUCGGAGCCUGGGACUACGGGGUCUUCGCUCUCAUGCUGCUGGUGUCCACCGGCAUCGGGCUAUGGGUCGGGCUAGCCCGGGGCGGGCAGCGCAGCGCCGAGGAUUUCUUCACCGGGGGCCGGCGCCUGACUGCCUUGCCCGUUGGCCUCUCGCUGGCCGCCAGCUUCAUGUCGGCGGUACAGGUGCUGGGCGUGCCGGCCGAGGCCUACCGCUACGGCCUCAAGUUCCUCUGGAUGUGCCUGGGACAGCUGCUCAACUCUCUGCUCACUGCCCUGCUCUUCCUGCCGGUCUUCUACCGCCUGGGCCUCACCAGCACCUACCAGUAUCUGGAGCUGCGCUUCAGCCGCGCUGUGCGGCUCUGCGGGACCCUGCAGUACCUGGUAGCUACCAUGCUGUACACCGGAAUCGUGAUCUACGCCCCCGCGCUCAUCCUGAACCAAGUGACAGGGCUGGACAUCUGGGCAUCGCUCCUGUCUACCGGAGUCAUCUGCACCUUCUACACUACUGUGGGCGGCAUGAAGGCUGUGAUCUGGACCGACGUGUUUCAGGUCUUAGUGAUGCUGAGUGGUUUCUGGGUUGUCCUGGCUCGCGGAACUAUGCUCGUGGGUGGACCUGGGCAAGUACUUGAGCUUGCCAAGAACCACUCCAGGAUCAACCUGAUGGACUUUGACCUGGACCCAAGGAGCCGCUACACAUUCUGGACUUUUGUUGUCGGUGGCACAUUGGUAUGGCUUUCAAUGUAUGGUGUGAACCAAGCACAGGUGCAGCGCUACAUGGCCUGUCGCACGGAGAAACAGGCCAAGCUGGCCGUGCUCGUCAACCAACUGGGCCUGUUCCUGAUCGUGUCCAGUGCUGCUUUCUGUGGCAUCAUCAUGUUCACGUUCUACCUUGACUGUGACCCUCUCCUGGCAGGGCGUAUCUCUGCCCCAGACCAGUACAUGCCCUUGAUGGUGCUGGACAUCUUCGUGGACCUGCCUGGAGUCCCUGGGCUCUUUCUGGCCUGUGCCUACAGUGGCACCCUCAGCACUGCAUCCACCAGCAUCAAUGCCAUGGCUGCUGUCACUGUGGAGGACCUCAUCAAACCUCGGCUGCCGAGUCUGACCCCCCGGAGACUUGUCAUCAUCUCCAAGGGGCUGUCGCUCAUCUACGGCUCGGCCUGUCUCACUGUGGCAGCUCUGUCCUCCCUGCUGGGGGGCGGCGUUCUCGAGGGCUCCUUCACCAUCAUGGGAGUCAUCAGCGGCCCCCUCCUAGGAGCUUUCAUCCUGGGAAUGUUCCUCCCCGCCUGCAAUACGCUGGGCGUCCUGUCCGGGCUGGCGGUGGGCUUGGCGCUGUCGCUGUGGGUGGCCGUGGGUGCCACUCUGUACCCGCCUAGCGCGCAGUCCAUGGGGGUCCUGCCUUCAUCGGCCGCCGGCUGUGCUGUGCCCUCGGCCAACGCCUCUGGCAUCCUAGACCCGAUUCUCGCCGCCAACGCCUCCAGCAGGGCCUCCAGCCUCGAAAUGGACCCUGAUCAACCCACCUUAACUGACAGCUUCUACGCCAUUUCCUAUCUCUAUUAUGGUGCCCUGGGCACAGUGAGCACCGUGCUAUGUGGAGCUCUCGUCAGCUGCCUGACGGGCCCCACCAAGCGCAGUGCCCUGGGUCCUGGUCUGCUGUGGUGGGACCUCACACGGCAGACGGCAUCUGUGGCCCCUAAGGAAGAAGUGGCCACCCUGGAUGACAGCUUGAUGAAGGGUGCUGAAGAAUUGCCCCCAGGAACCAAGAGGCGUCCUGACUUCCUGCCCACUGACGAGGACCAUCUGCUCUUCCUGGGUCAGAAGGAGAUGAAUGGAGCUGGCUCCAGGACCCCAGGCAGUGAACAUGACAAAGGUCUUAACCUGCGAGAGACAGACCUCUGAGGCAGUCAGGGACUGACCGCCUGGGAUGGAACCCCAGGGGAGCCAAUCCCAGGCCAUGAGCCGAUGGUCUUGGGCUCCUAUUGGCUAGGCCACAUCAUAUGCAAAUAAGCUCGGGACAGCACGUCCCUACCCUAUGGGAAGAGGUGAAGCCCCACCUCCAGAAAGUCAUUUCAUCCUGCCUCCUCCUUCCAGCUGGACCCAAGUCUUAGAUGCUGCACCCCUGCCCACUCCCCCAAAACAAGGCCAGAUAUUUCUCUACCUACAAAAGUAAGAUAUUGGAGUCCCCUCUGGACAACAUGGGAAAUCCCCAGGCCCAACACUGGGGUCUGAGAAAGACCCCAGUUCUUCCCUGGGAAUUAUCUGAACCUUAGCAAUGAUUUUGGACAUCCUCAGGCCCAACCCCUUGUGCCCACUUCACAGGUAGGGAAACCAAGGCCUGGAAAGGGGCAUUGACUUGGCCAAGGUCACAGAACAAACCAGAGACUCAUCGAGAGUUGGACACCAGCUCCUUCCUCCCUUCCCUAUUUUCCUCCCUUUGGAGGGACAGACGUCACAUGGCCUCUGAUCUUGUGAGGAGGAGGGAAGAAGAAAGGAAGAAUAAUGUUUUCAGCCUUCCUUCUGGGCCUGGACACUUUACCCAUCUCAUCCAUUAAGGACCACGAGCCCACUUUACAGAGGAAGAAACUGAGGCUCAGCGACGUUGCCUGAGGUCACACAGUGAGUCGGGUCAGGUCAGGGACAGACCCGGGUGCUGCACGAUGCUGAGGCUCCGUUGACGAUGUGUUGCUGGUAUACAGGCGAGCUCACAUACCAGAGACGCGUCUGACCCUUGGUUGGAGACUUCAUCCAUGCACAUCAAAUAAAUGGACUCUUGAUGUUCUGUCUUCUCUGAAAAAUCAUUUUGGCUGUCACCCUAGAUCUCCUCAGUCAGAUCUGAGUGCAAAUCUCUUUAUCACUAUCCCCGAGCCUAUGAUGAAUAAACCUGAGUAUUUAAAGCAUCAGAGCGAGGUGAUCACUCCCAUGCUAGGGGGCAUUACACUGCCUUCCCAGACACACAGCUUCUCUCCCCUCCUGACUCCCUCCCAAAGGAUCCCCUCCUCACUGCCCUUUGUACACUGUCCCUGCACCAGCCCCUGGGGUUUCUGUGACACGGAGAGCUGGCUGUACCCACCUCUGCCCACGCUGCCAUGGCUCCCACGGCCUCCAGAGAAGCGUCCACUGCUCACGUAGCAGUUGGAGCCCUUAUACUAGGUUCAAUAAGGUAGCCCCAAAAUUCACGUCUACCUGGAAACUCAGAAUGUAAGCUUCUUUAAAAAUAGGGUCUUGGCAGGUGUACUUGGUCAAGUUAAGAUUAGGUCAUACUGGGACUUCCCUGGUGGCGCAGUGGUUGAGAAUCCGCCUGCCAGUGCAGGGGACACGGGUUCAAGCCCUGGUCCAGGAAGAUCCCACAUGCCACGGAGCACUACUACAAGCCUGUAUGCCACAACUACUGAGCCUGUGCUCUAGUACCUGCGAGCCGCAACUACUGAGCCCAGUGCCACAACUACUGAAGCCGGCACGCCUAGAGCCUGUGCUCCGCAACAAAGAGAAGCCACCGUAAUGAGAAGCCCGCGCACCACAACGAAGAGUAGCCCCCGCUCGCCACAACUAGAGAAAGCCUGCAUGCAGCAACGAAGACCCAAUGCAGCCAAAAAUAAACAAAUUAUUAAAACUAAAAAUUAGGUCAUACUGAUUAGAAUGGGCCCUGGAUCUAAUGACUGUGUCCUUAUUAGAAGAGGAGAAAAGACACAGACACACAGGGAGAAAACUAUGUGGACAAAGAGGCAGAGAUGAGUAAUGUACGUACAAGCCAAGGGAUGCCAAGGAUUGCUGGAGUCACCAGAAGCUGGGAGUGAGGCAGGGGAGGGAUUCUAUCCUAGGGCCUUCAGAGGAAACACGGCCCUGCCAACAUCUUGAUUUCGAACUUUGGGCCUCCAGUACUGAGAGAAAAUUAAUUUCUAUUGUGUUAAGCUGUGGCAGCCUCAGGAAAUGAAUGUACCCCUCCUGAUCUGGCCUCUCGUGACCACUCAGAGACCUGGCCCUCUGUGCAGGCUGUUUUAUGGAGACCUUUAGAUUUGGACUUAAAAAUGACCAUCACAAAUUUUGGGUUUUUUUUUGCGGUACGCAGACCUCUCACUGUUGUGGCCUCUCCCGUUGCGGAGCACAGGCUCCAGACGCGCAGGCUCAGCGGCUAUGGCUCACGGGCCCAGCUGCUCCGCGGCAUGUGGGAUCUUCCCGGACCAGGGCACGAACUCGUGUCCUCUGCAUCGGCAGGCGGACUCUCAACCACUGCACCACCAGGGAAGCCCUAAAAAUGACCAUCACAAAUUUUAAAUCAAUGACUGAGUAAAGUGGGAACCAGACUUUCAGCUGGUUGAUGGUCCUUCCUCAAAGCACAGUUCGGGGUGGGGCAGGGAGCAGGGCUGAGGCUUCCCAGUGCAGGCAGAACAAGCUGGUCUGGCUGCUGUUCUAGAGAUCCAGCCAUGUUGUCGUGUGUAUCGGUAGUUCAUCACUUACUAUUGCUGAGUAGUACUCCACUGUAUGGAUGGACCACCGUCUGUUCAUCCAUUCACUAACAUUUCCAGCUUUGGGCUAUUACAAAGAAAGUUGCUAAAAACAUUAGUGUACAUGUUUUUGUGUGAACUUUCAUUUCUCUUGGGUCAAUUCUUAGGAAUGAAAUGGCUGGAUCCAACGGGGUAGGUGUAUGUUUAUUUGAGAAAUUGUCAAACUGUUUUCCAAAGUGGUUGACUCAUUUUACAUUGUCACAAACAAUAUAUGAGUUCCAACUGCUCAAUAUCCUUGACAGAACUUACAUGGUCCAUCCUUUUAAUUUUGGCCAUUCUCGUGUGUGUGGGGUAGUAUCUCAAUGUGGUAUUGAUUUAUAUUUCUCUGAUAACUGAAGAUUUUGAACAUCUUUUCACAUGCUUGUUAUCUAUCCAUAUAGUUUUGACCAAGUGUCAUUCAAAUCUUUUGCCCAAUUCUUAAUGGGGUUCUUUAUUUUCUUAUUGUUGCAAGAAUUAUUUCUGUAUUCUGGAUACAAGUUCUUCAUUGGUUAUAAGCAUUGCCAAUAUUUUCUCCCAAAUUGUGUCUUGCCUCUUUAGUUGCUUAAUACUGCCUUUGAAAUAUCAGAAUUGUAGUUUUGAUUUCCGAAAAAUUAUAAUUUUUUCUUUUCCUCUUUGUGGCAAAAAUUACAUAAAAUAAAAGUCAUGAUUUUAAUCAUUUUAAA